AUGUCCCAAACUGGACAGGCUGGUUUGCUUUGGGUCACAGUCAUUGACCUUUUGAGCCAACAGAAGUUCGAAGAAGCCCUGCAGACGGCCCAAGAUGUGCAAGAGAAGAGCCAGGAAAUAGGAAUCAAGGCCACAGAGGCCUCAGCAGCAACUUGCCGGGCCGUGGCGGAACACUGCCAACGAAAUUCGCAGGUGUUGGAAGUGUUGCGGCAGUUAGGUGCCACUUGGGGUGAGACCGCGCUUCUCAUCGUAGGAAGCGCCGGAGAAGCCUCGGGGCCCUGGGCAGUAGCUGCACAGAACUUGGCGCAGGCCGGCAGCAGCGAUGUGCAGCGCCUCAGCACCGAGCUGGGCCUUUGUUGGACCGAAACCAUGGAACCCCGUACAGCGAGUCACCUGACCUCAGAAGUGCCACUUCAAGAAGGGGAACUGCGGAGGAUAGCAGAGACAGGCGGCCCAUUGAGGGCCGCAUUGGCCGUGAAGGAGCUUGGACGUCGUGAGGAAGCCAUCCAAAGUGCUGCUGCUGCAGUCAAGGCUUUCAGAGACCAGGGCAACAGUGAAGGCGAAGCAACAGCGCUGCUGUGCAAGUCUGGGGCGCAUUUGGGGGCUGACAACAUGGCAGCACUGCAGGCAGCAAACCACGCUCUGAAGAACUUCCGAGAGCUGGGCCACAUCAUUGGACAAGCUGCGGCACUGCAUGCCGUAGCCAAGGCCCAACUGGCCAAACGCAAUCCAGACGAUGCCUUGAACCGGGCAGCGGAGUCCUUAAGGCACGGGGCCUGUGGUCAUAACAAACACCUCUGGAGGUAG